CAUCGACAUGUGUACGAUCAUCUUAGCAAUCGCGCUCGUUUGUUUCUCUUCUACCUUGAUACAAUCCGUGCACGAGUCGCAGAGACGGUUGAGCUGCCCAGGUUCAAGAGGUGGAUUUGAACGCGGUCUAAUGGUUGUAUUGUUGACAUGUUCGUUUGCAGGAAAAGUGACAGCGUAACGUUGCGUUGCCGAACGCGUGUACCCAUUUGCCUGUCCACCUCAUCAGCAAGCUUCCAUCUGAUCUUCUACCUUUCCUUCCAUCUUCCUUCCACGCUCCAGCUUCUUGCCCAAUUCUGUACGAAACAUCCUGUAACAUGCGUCAACAUCAAACCUCGACGCGGAGAAAGCUUGCGCUGGGGCCUGCUCUUCGUGGGAAAACCGUCGUUGUCAUAGUUGGACCUGAACAAAAACGAUAUUGUCUGCAUCAAGAUGCUCUGGCUCAUUCCUCAGAUUUCUUCCGCAACGCCUUCAGCGGCCCGUGGAAGGAAGCCGAGGAUGGUGUGUUAGCUUUGGCUGACGUUGAGGUCGAGACUUUCGAUCUGUUUGCACACUGGAUCUACGCAGGUACGCUACCUAAGCUCACUGUUAGCAUGUUGGAGGGUACCGAACCCGAGGGUGUUCCGAGGAACGUCUUCACAAUCGUUCUUGGAUACGUCAAAGCCAUCGUCUUCGGGGACAAGUAUCUCGCCCGUGCCUUCGGUUGCGCAGUACAAGAGGUUCUUCAGUUCUCCUGGACACCAGAAUGGACCGAAGUCGUUCGCUACGCCUACGCUAACCUGCCCCCACGCCACCCUUUUCUGCAGCAGCUAGCAGACGAGUACCGCAUGGAGUGGUGUAUCGUGGAGAAGAAUCGCAAUCGGCAAUGCAUCUCGCAUCGAGUUCAGUCCGCCCGUGACAUGCUCAGCAUCAGUGUGCAGCGCUCAUUACCAACCGAAUUUCUUCUGCGUGUCAACAUGGGCAUCCUCCAGGUUGGUUUGGAUAAAGGAAAGACUGCUCUCCGGCGCAGUACCCAUUGCUACUCUGAACACGACUCGGACGAGGACAAGAGGGCCUGCGGGAAACCCCACGUAGGGUUCAGCGAGGAGACGGGUUAUGGGUUCUACGAAUGAUGGCCAAGCCGGCGGCGAAAAGGGCAAGGGCAACCUGGGCAGUGGUGAACAGGUGUCUAGGUGACGACCGUGCUGCGUAGCAGGGCUUCUCGAUCAAUGGCAAACGAAUUGUAUCAUGGAUGCAAGUCCUUCAUCAAGUCCUCCACAGAAUGCCACACAAUGAAUUUUCUCAAAGCAUGUCGACUCUCAGAGCCAUCAUGCUAUUAGUUGGCAUUCAAAAAACAUUGGUAUCCAGCUUGCUCUUCAUCGGGCCUAACUCCUCACAUCGCUCCAUGCCACCCCAUCUCCUCACGCAAUCCUCAUCGCAAGACCCCUCCAAAGCCCACCGGGAAUUUUCAACAUUCCCCUAUGCAUUAGAUACCUCCGUCACCCCCCCGGC